CUAGCUAGCUAGCUGCACACUGUAACUCAAGCUUACUGUACCGUGCUAGCUGUAUGUAUUAAUAUACAUAGACUGGCUGCUACGUGAAUAUCAUCAUAGCUAUAGCUACGAGUGGAGGAGCUGUACGUCCUGCUACCACGGCUGUGUGAGUGAUAAAUUCCUGAGAGAUUUGGAAACUGUUCUGAUAAAUUGAUAUCUGGAGAUUGUACUGUUAAUUGACAGUGAACUAUGGACAACUCGUCUGAGUGGGUGGACGCUGUCACAAGACGUCUGAACUCAGCGCUCCCCCACCAUACCCAGAACCAGCUAUGGACGCCCGCUAACGAGCAGCUGCUUCAACAAACAACUAAGUGCGUCAUCGGUAUGACCUCUGAAGCCUUCUCCUCCGUGAUCGGGAGUCUGGGUGCUCUGCUGCAAGAUCUCAUCAAGGCCAACCCCCCUGCGAGUGCUAGUCCCGAGAUGGUGAGAUCGUACCUCUUCAUACUGGAGUGUCUCAAGAGCUGCCUCGAAACGCAUGUGGACUCCCCCCUGGACGAUGAGGAGUUGAACUCUCUUCGCCAGCUGGAGCAGAAGAUAACGAUGCUGUGUCUGUUACAAGGAGGGGAGGGAGCGGGUGACAUCAGAGGAGCCUCCAAUGGUGUGCUGUAUCACCUCAGUGGACUGCAAUUCCAAGGCAUCUUUAACAAGAUCAUUUUAAGAAUCACCUCACUCAACCGUGGCUCCGCCCCCUCGGCCGCUAACUCGUCCUUCUCGUACCUCCCCGGCCUAUACACGGCCAACGGAAGUGUCCCCUCUGUUCCCUCAGGGCAGCAGCCCUGCGUCAUAGAGCUCAUACCUUACCUCAACCUCAAUGCUUCCAGGCUACAGCAAAUACUGCAAGUGAUCAUCACAAGUUUCAAGGACCUCAAGAACUCCAAACAGAAGCAGCUGUUCCUCUCACUACCCCCUAUCCUCCAUCGCAGCAUCUGGAACUUCAUUCAAGACUACCCAGACCAGUUCAACGGGUUGCUUAACAACGAGUUCCCUUCUCUUUCGAGAUCGGCGGACAAGCUGUUCACUUUGUGUGACGAGUAUGCAGACAAUCUGAGGAGGAAGAUACAAAUAUGGCCACUACAAAACACCAUUCUCAUCCUCUGUCCACACAUCCUGCGUGACGUGGCUGAGAACGGGUUGGACGGCUCCUCCUCACAGUACCAGCUGCAACGUUCGUUUCUAUCGGCAAUCAUGAAGGGUCUCUCCAACAAGCAGCUGGCAGAGGCAGCCACCAUCUGUUCCAUCGACCAUUUCAAAGCUGGCUCAUUUGUGAAGGAGAGGAGUCAGUCGUUUUUCAGGUUCUUCAUCUCCCAGAUACAGGGGAAGCUGCAUAGCCUUCUCUUCUCCCCAUCGGCCCUGUUUCUUCAUCACCCGUCCAGCAUAGCAGCUGGCGUACCAACAUUCAGUGAUCUGGACCUCAUGAUCACAUGUGUUGUGGCCCAGUUCCGUACCAAUCAUCGGAAUAGCCACAUUUUCUCUGUGUGUCUGGACCCUCUCUCACCACCUGUAUUCAGACUGGCCUUCGUGGAGGGUCUGUGCACAGUGCUUAAGGAAAGGCACAUGAGCUGGUGGCCAAAGGACAAUGCCAUGCACCUGUAUGGCUCAGCUCUCAAGGACAUCUUCAAGCAUCUGCUCCCGUUUUUUCGUCGCUAUGACACGUUGGCCGGGAACGUCUCUGCAGAUGUGAGGGCAUACCUAGCGUCCCCCUCAGCCGCCACAACCAUGCUCCAGGCUAAGAAGAGCAGUGACCGGAAGCAGCUGGUUGAGAUGGUAACCAACUACCAGCUGAUGAAAGGAAUCACCAAGUUGUUCACUCUGGACCCUAUGCUGGCUUUAGUCUCUCCCACGACGGACCAUCUUUCGGAGUGCCUGGUGUUCAUGACGGGACUGGUAGGGCUAGUCCAACACCAGGGGAUUUCCCUCCUCCCUAUCGAGGCCUCCAACGUCCUUCUCCUCCUCCAUCAGCCGGAGAAUAUCAAGAACUGGGACCCCAAAGACCCCAUGGCCGCAUUUUGGGACGUCAGUGGACAGGUCACCUACUCAAUCGCCCUGAAGCUCUUCAGUCGUAAAACCAAUGAUCCAAUUCAAUUACUCAACUGGCUCAAACAAAUCCUCUACUAUCGCACCAAGUUUCUACGGCAACACGAAACAGAGGCGUCCCUCGGAAGCAGCUGCAAAAUUCUCCAACAGACGUACACAAUGCUCGAGACUGUUCUUCUCCUUUUCCUAAGACACACAAACACGGAAGCCGUUCAAAUCUCUCUCUCGUGUUUCGAGUACCUUGUACAAGAGGCAGAGCUUGUGCAGAAUCCAAUUGAGGGAAUUUCCAUACCGUACGCUCCUAACCUUCGCUCCUAUCGUCAACUCAGUGAGCUGAGUCAGCACAAAUUGAUCGGACGAGCCCAGCAACAGAAACAGAACAGAGCCAUCCUCAAGAGUCUGGUGCACACUCCAGGCAGUGCCCUGGCCUGGGAGGAUACUUACUCCUCGUGGAGAGUCACCAAGUCGCUACUACUGACAUACCAGAAGCCCAAAGAUGACACAGUACAGCAAGAGUACCUGAGUCGACUCAACAUUCGGAGUAAAGUGACCUCCACGUCAAACUUGCCCAAAGAUCCUCAGCUAAGUGAAGAGAACCUACAAUCCGAGCUGAUGAACUGGACCAAUAUGACCGGGUUUCUGUGCUCUCUGGCGGGUGUGUCAACGAAAUCAUCAGCCUACCCCCUGUUUCUGUUGUCAGGGGCAUCCAACAUGCCUGACGGUGUUGACCCGGCACUCUCUGCUCCGUCAAUGUCUCCACCACAUUCGUCUCCUAUACAUAUACGAGACCCCAUCCACCCUGUGAGCCUGAGGGUGAAGAGGAGCUCCAGUUAUCACGGCCGUCCCAAGAGUGUCCACACCCCCUACAGUAGAUCGGGUCACCAUAGUGAGACAGCGACAAAUUUGACUCGUAUAGGAAGUGGUCCAGGUGAGAACACGGUCAUCGUCCAUGACGACAAGAAGCCGUCACGAGGGUCACAAACCGAGUCAUUCAUAUCUGAGCUCAUGCUUCUACUGAGAUGUGACAACGAGACCCUGGGUGUCCAGUUACGAGAGACGGUGAAGGAGUUGAUCUCCUAUGAACUUAGUCCCUCGGUCUACCUCUAUCUAUUCCAGUGCAUCAUGUCCGAGUCAGCCCAGGUGUUUUCUGAGGGGGGUGCUCUGGUGCAGGAGAACAACACAGCUCUGAUAGAGCAGCUGGUAUCCAUCGUACAACACGUCAUUGACACCAAGACGGAGGGAGCGUUGGAACAUCUCGGGCACGUCAAGAUGGACGACAUCGUGCUCAACCUGAUCAUGUACGUGAACAGCCUUGACCCGUGUGAGCACACUCUCACCAUACGUAUCAAACUCUGUCAUCUCAUCGAGACGCUCAUGACCAAGUCACGUGACCUAUCAUUCCGAGCAGAGGUACAAUUCCGUAACCAAGUGGCCCAGGUUCUGGCUCGGUGGUUGAGGGGCGAGGUCUAUAUCUCAGAGAACAUCUCACAUGAGCAAAACCUCCACAAUGAGCUGGAUCUGAACGUGUUGCGUGCCAUGAGUCUGGUGAUGUCAGGGCUAGUGCUCCAGUCCAAAAACAACGUUGUUCACGUCUUUGAAGAGAAGGAGAAGCUGUUCUUAAAGCACUUUGAUGCAUUCAUCAACCUGAUCAAUGCUCUCAACUCAGUGGACUGGAGUUCUCUGAGCACCCUCCACAAGCAGCCCCUCCUCCGUCACACAGCCUCCCUCAGGGAGCAUGUGGUUAGGGCUAUGUCCAACAUGCUCACUGCCAACAUAGACAGUGGUCUCACCCACGCCAUCAGUCUCGGCUAUCACGAGGACUUGAACACACGGAGCAGUUUCAUCGAAGUCUUGACAUCCAUCCUACGCCAAGGUGCUGAGUUCAACUCACUUGCCGACACAGCACUUGUCGACCGCUACAACCGAAUGUUGGCCCUGGUUACCCAGGAGACGGCCGAGGGGGAAUUCCCCAUUAUGAUGGCUCUCAUUAACUCUGUCCCACAGGAAAGCAUGGACGAGUUGGCCGAGGUGUUGGUGAUGCUGUUUGAUUACAAGAACAAACUGGUCUCCUUCCUCUACCGAAUUUUCAACACUGAGUUGGAGGCCCUUGAGAGCGGGCGUGCUAUAUUUAGAGGCAACUCCAUCGCAUGCAAAGUGCUUUCCUGCUCCUUCAAAACCUUCGGCCUCUACUACCUCCAGUCUGUCGUGAGGCCUCUCAUCCUGCAGCUGAUGAAGUCAGGUGACACAGACUACGAGGUGGACGCUUCUCGUUUGUCAGAUCCGUCCAAAUUGGAACAAAACAGGCAAAAUCUUCUCGAACUAGUGCAAACAUUCUAUAAGACAAUUCAGAAAUCUCUGCCCAGUCUCCCGCUGCAGUUGAGAACUGUCUGUCAUGUGCUAUACUCAGUGGUGGUGGCGCACCUUCCUGACGCGUCCCUGGAUACGGUCAACAGUGCCAUCUUCCUGAGGUUCGUCAACCCGGCCAUUGUGUCCCCUCAGAGUUACGGGCUCAUUCCUCAGGGGGAAGUCCCUAACAGCGUACGCAGGGGGCUCACCUUCCUGUCCAAGGUGCUGCAAAAUCUGGCCAAUCACGUACUGUUCCGCAAGGAGGCACACAUGAAAGUGUUCAACGAUUUCCUUGAGGAGAACUUCGAGGACUCUCGUCAGCUGGCCCUGGACAUGGCUAGUAUGGGGCCGUACAUUGAGGGGGAGGCGGGCGAAUACAUCGCCUUUCUCAAGGAGAGUUACAAACAUCGGAUACACUCUCUGCUCUGGAACAAUCAGGAGAAGAUCACUGCGUACACUGCGUCUAUUAGACUGAUUGUAUCGUCACGACAACUGUUUGAGGACAUGAACACGCUGAUGGCUCAGCUGGGGGCCCCCACCUACCGACGUAAGAGAGCAGCGGCCAGUCCCCGCAGUACCACCAUGAGUCAGCUGGAGGACUUCCUCGACAGUAUGGCCAACGAGUGCGAUGAGAAGACAUUGAGAGGACUCAAGGCUAACGAGAUAUUCUAUCAGGGAGGAUUAUCCAAACUGGGCAACCCCGUGUUCUACUUUAUUGUGAGGAAGUUCCGUGCUGACCAGCGUCGUGCGUCCAAUCAGGUCUUCUAUCACAUGAUCAGCCUCCUCAAGGCUCGGACAGAGAAAGUGUUUGAACUGGUCAUUGACCUCACCCAGUCGACACUCAUCAACGAGCCUGACCUGGAGCUACUGGUGAAAUUUGCAGCGUACGUACCAGAGCUAACGAUGAGCAGUAUCGAUGCCGUGUACUUCUACGGUGCUAACCUUGUGUUCAAACAGAGUGCAACAAAACUGGCCAGCGCGACUCGGAUAUUCUCCCAUAUCAAGGGUUCAAAGCGCAUUGUGAUGGUGGACAGUUUGUCGCGGUUCUCCGAGUUUAUUGAUCCAUUCGUACUGGAUCUACCCUCAGGCACUCUAGCAUUCGAGGAGGAGGGGAAGAUGGAGUUCACUAACAUUCGUUUCUUGAUGUUUAAACAAGUUCCCCUCCAAAUUCCCGCCACUCUACACAUAUGUGGGCGUGGUCUUGUCGUCUCCCUGGUGGAAAAGAUCAAAGUGUUCGAUAUACCCACCAUGCUACGGGAGAUCUACCACAUCAAAGACAUACGAGAUAUCUUCUCUGAGGACAAGGGAAGUCUAGUGGUGAAGUUCGCUGAUGGUCAGCUGCUCAAGUUGACCAGUCCAGACGCGGAAACCAUCGUCAAGGAAGUGAGCGUCACUAUCUCAAAAUGGCAGAACCAACAGCCGAGUCGCUACAUGUCUGAGAGAAAGUUGGAACCAAAAGACGUCCCAGGAACAUUCCUCAACCUAGCCCUACUCAACUUAGGCAGCACCUCGGCGACCUUACGCACCUCCGCCUACAAGCUCCUCUCAGCCGUCAAAGACACCUUUAAACUGAGGAUAGACCGCCAUCUUGAAUCCUCUCACGACUUAUGUAUCCCAAUGAACAGCUCUGAUUUUGUGGUGGGUGUCAGUCGAGAGUUGGCUCUUAAAGAACCUCAUCUGACGCUUGAGUUUUUGUCUGAAGUGGUUGCCGGGUUUCAGCAGUACACACCCGCCAUGAAGCAGCUGUGUCUCAUGUACAUGUCGCCAUGGUUGCCGAACUUGUCUCGGUUCUUUGCUGCUAUGAAUGAGUCUCCAGCUGACCACAAGAAAGUGACGAAGCUGAUCGACCUUCUGGUUGCACUGACGAUAUCAGAACAAGAGAUGUACCCACUGAUUCAGACCUAUAUCUGGUCUAUGGUGGGCUCUGAGACGGACCUCCUCAAGGGGUUCCUGGACAGCUUCAUGCGUAUGGGGCUGAGGGAGGGGCUCCGCUCUCGUAAGGUGGAGGUACUCGCUGACACCACCGUCUCCUUGGAGAAGGGACAAAUGGGUGUGGUUGCCACGGAGGUCAUCAAGAAGAUUCUUAAGACGGUUGCAUUGACAAGUGAGAAGGUCUCCCACAACCUGGACAAGCACCCCUACUGGUCAAAGCUCGCUGUGCUCUCACGAUUUCUACUGGCUCUGUCGUUCAACAAUAAAGUCAACAUCGAGAGCAACCUAGCUGACUUGCUCUACAUAUGUGUACUGCUCAUGGCGUACGGCUCUGUUUUUAUGAGGGCCACCAUUUAUGGCGUACUGGUCAACAUCAUCCAGUCCCUCGCCUCGCUACCACAAAUCCUGGCCAAUGAGGAAGCUCUCAAGAAGCUCUCACUGAAACUAGCCGAGUUCUCUGACCCAAAAUUCUACAUGCAGUUUGGGAUAUCCCACCCUGCCUCUGUGUCAGCGUACCCUCACGCCCACGAGAACUACACCUCCUCCAGACGUGGGGCAACUGAGGACGACUCGCUGAGUGCACAGUCUGUUAUCAUGGUGACAGAGCACCUGCUGGACGUGGUCAAGUCAUGCGAGGGUCUCAUGACCGAGUGCAAGUGGCUGUCUCGAUGGCAACGACUGGCCAGGAGGACAUCGUUCCAUUACAACCCAGCGCUACAGAGCCGCUCAUUCCUCAUGCUUGGAGUGAUCAGUCAGAAGGCGCCCACCAUCCUCAUCACCAAGACACUCUCCAUUCUCGAUGAGACGCUCGCUAGGGCUGACAAUGACGUGUCGCUAAUGGAGGCUCUCGCUCUUUGUCUUGCUCGUCUGGUCCCACUACUGGACGAGAACGCCAAGCUGAAUCACCACUUGUUCUGGGUGGCAGUGGGGGUGCUCCAGCUGGGAGACUCCGCCCUUUUUGCGGCUGGACUCAGUCUUUUAGAGGCAUGCAUCAAGAGACUGGUGGACAUACAAAUAUUCGAGAGUCAGAACCUAGCGGCAGUAAUGCAACCUGCCAGAGAUGCCAUGGAAUGGUCUCUCUCUCAAAUGGACAGAGAACUCGGGCUUUCAUUUUCCAACAGCUUCCAUUUUGCUCUUUCUGGCCUCCUCUAUAAGGGGUUUUCCCACCCGUUGUCGACAGUGAGGACAAGAACACAGGAGCUGUUGACCACGCUGUUCUUUGUGCAUAGCUCCGAGGCCAACACGAGUGCUGCUCCAGCUCCGAUAGAGGUGAACGACAACAACCUGGCGUACUUGACGGCCCUCUUUCCCCAGAGUGAGAUCAUGAGACACCAACUCAGUGACCAGAGGUUGAGACUGAAACCAGGCAGCUCCCUCUUCUUUGAGAAGGCGCAGCCUCAACGAUCAUACAGCAUUUUGCUCUCCACCGCAGUUAUUCCUGACGAAAAGACGCAAGUUCUAUUCCUCCUAACACUAGCCUCGGCUCUCAUUCAGACAAAGGACGAGGCAAUGAGUCUCCUUCUCUAUGAGUUCCUAGCCAACGCAAGUGAGGCCUUCAUCGACGUCUUUCCACUCAUCCACAAAGUGCUGGUGCAUCACAUGACCCUCAUGCUGCAACAGUGUCAGAACGCAGAGAUCCUGAAGCAGGUGCAGAGACUGGUGACCUCUGCACUCUCUCGCUCAAGCUCUGCCCCCACACUGGAUACUUCUUUAAUCAACAAUAUUGGAUUUGGUGGACUGUCUGUUUUCUUCAAUCCCUUUCCAAAGAGAGGUGUGGUCACUCCGACAACUCAAGGUACCCUCUUUCAAACCUACCUCAACUCACUCGUCCUCCAACUCUCUCCCAACGAGACCAGCCCUGGUCAUAUGACCAACAGCCUCAAGGGCUCGCUUGGCAAACUCUCUAUAAGCUCCACCUACUCAGCCAGUUCCAUACGAGACUACUACUCGCUCACCCCGCCCCCUCCUAGUGCCCCUCAGGUCAUGAGGAAAUCAAAGACAACACAUUUAGAUCAUCCGCUAGGGGAAUCAACAAGCACAGCCAGCUCACAGUCGAGUCUUCAAUCCACAACACGCCCACUUCCGAGAUCCCAGAGCCCCGACGAUGGUGUUCCCCCACCCACACAACAACCGUUGCUAUCGGUAACACGUUCGGAGAGCCCUGAGAGAAAACGCGAGGACGAGAGUCCAGGGGAGCUAUCAAUGGAUGAACUGGAUACGAGUGAUAUGGAAGAAACGGAACUAUGAGUAGUGUGUGAGGAAAUUAGGCAUUGUUCAACUCUUGUGUGUGUGUGUGACUGUUUGUCCACAAAUAAUUAGUAGUUUCAAAUUUUAUUUAUUUUCUUUUUGUGCACGUUUCAUUGCGUACAUUGCACAGUGUGUCGUACUAGUCUAAUCAUGUGAGCACAGUGUGUCAUUGCUAGUCUGGUCAUGUUUGUUUAUGUUUUCAUUUUCAGUUUUUGCCUUUCAUUUUCAGAAUCAAUAUUAUCCUUAUCCCCUUGUAUGCACUCAUAACCUGUGUGUUUCUGUGCAAUUAGCUCUCACUCUGUACAACUCGAUCUGUAUUAUUAAAUAUUGACAUUCUAAUUAACCGUAAA